AAGAAUAAAAAGGCGAGCUUUUCUUUUCUUUUCUUUCUCAUCAACAAACAAGAAAGAAAAGAAACGAGCUCGCCUUUAUUUCAAAUUCAAACAAUGGAGCCCCAGUUCGCAAAAUCACCAAUCCCUCUCAUCCUCCUAAUCCUCUUCCCCAUCUUCAUCCUCUGUUCCUUCCCCACCGUACGAUCCGAGCAUGAAUCUACCAUCAUCCGACUGCCCUCGGAUUCCCAAUCAGCCGAUCGAUGUGGCUCGACUCCGUCGUCUCCCUUGUCUUCGUCGUCGUCACCCUGGUCCCGCCCCAUGUGCCCCGUCAAUUGCUUUCGACCCGACCCGGUUUGCGGCGUGGACGGUGUGACCUACUGGUGUGGGUGCCAGGAGGCUCAAUGUGCUGGGGUGAAAGUGGCCAAGCUAGGGUUUUGUGAGGUGGGUAAUGGGGGUUCUGCCCCUCUCUCCGCUCAAGCCCUGCUUUUGGUUCACAUUGUGUGGCUGAUCGUCCUCGGCUUCUCGGUUUUGUUCGGACUUUUCUGAAUUAUGGGUCUGGACUGAUGAUUCAUUUGAAUUGAUCUUGUUGGAGGUCAAGCUCUAAUUUUUUUUGUAAUCUAGCCAAGCCGCCAAUGGGUUACGACAACAACGGCAACAGGCGUUUGUGCAAGAAAGACUUGAUAUCUUUUUGUCA